AUGAUCUUUCAAUCGCUCUUCUGCGCCUGUGCUGUUGGGCUCCAGUUCUGGCUCUAUGGCGCCACUCUCUACUUGUCACGGCCGACGAAUCCCAUCUGGGGCAAUGGAUCCCUGGUGGCUUUCCACAACCUUCUUGCGCAGCCGUCCAUGGCAAACUCCGGUGUUCCUGACAUUCUCUAUGCGGCUUUCGGUUUCACGUUCGUAACAGCUACAGCUAUGAUUUUGGCGGGUGCGAUGCUUGAAAGAGGGCGCUUGUGGCCAAGCAUGCUGUUCCUUCUCUGCUGGACCACCUUUGUCUACUACCUCCUGGCUUACUGGGAGUGGAACCCGGAGGGUUGGCUCUACAAACUCGGGCUCUACGACUUCGCCGGCUCCGGCCCCGUGCACAUCGCCAGUGGUUUCUCCGCUCUUGCCUGGUCCCUGAUGCUCGGCAAGCGGACCCCAGACGGCGUCACGCCGAUGAAGAAGGGCCUGCUGCACCCCAAGCCCCACGAUCCGCUUCUGAUGUGCCUCGGCACCAUCCUGAUCUGGUUCGGCUGGUUCGCCUUCAACGGCGGCAGCACGGCCAACCUCAGCCUCAGGUCCAUCUACGUCGUCGUCAACACCAACUUUGCCGCCUGUGGUGGAGGUUUAACGUGGGCACUGCUGGACUACGCUUACACUAAGAAGUUCAGCCUGGUGGGCUUCUGCUCGGGCAUCAUCUCCGGUCUCGUCGGCAUCACUCCCGCCGCUGGAUUCAUCAUGGUCUACGUCGCCCCCCUCGUCGGCGUCCUCACCGCCACCGUCUGCUUCUACACCGUCAAGUACAAGCACCUCAUCGGCGUCGACGACGGCCUCGACAUCUUCGCCAUCCACGGCGUCGGCGGCUACGUCGGCGACAUCCUGACGGGCAUCUUCGCGGCCAAGUUCGUGCCCGCGCUCGACGGCGUCUCGGGCGCCAGCUACGACGGCGGCUGGUGGGACCACCACUGGCGCCAGCUCGGCCUGCAGCUCGCCGGCGCCACGACCUGCGCCGCCUGGUCCUUCUUCGUCUCGUGCCUGCUGCUCUUUGUCAUCGACCGCAUCCCCGGGUGCCACAUCCGCGUCAGCGAGGCCGAGGAGCUGCGCGGCCUGGACAUGGCGUACCUCGAGGACGCGCCGUGGGAGGAGGGUGGUGAUGACGGCGCGCGGCUGAUUGUGCACGAGGGAGAGUCGAUGGCCGGCGGCAGCGGGUCGCCUGCGGCUGUCUCGCGCACCUCUGGCAUCCAGAAGGCCGACCGUGGGGAAGGGGGCGAUGUUGAGAUGGCUCAUGUCAAUGCUGGGAAAAGGUCGGAAGGGCAGGAAAAGCAUGGGAAGGAGUAG